GAAAACGAAACAGAUCUCUGAGUCUCUCUCUCUCUCUCUUUCUCUCUCUUUCUCUGUGUGUGUGUGAGUUCAGGAAAAUGGCCGAAGCUUUUAUACCAUUAGAUCAGUACCAGUUCAUUUGUCCAGUGUGUCUGGAUCUCCUGAAGGAUCCGGUGGCUAUCCCCUGUGGUCACAGUUACUGUAAGGUGUGUAUUAAUGGCUGCUGGGAUCAGGAGGAUCAGAAAGGCAUCUACAGCUGUCCUCAGUGCAGAGACACUUUCACUCCAAGGCCUGUUCUACACAGAAACAACAUGCUGGCUGAAGUGGUGGAGAAACUGAAGAAGACUGAAGUCCAAGCUGCUUCUCCUGCUCACUGUUAUGCUGUACCUGGAGAUGUGGAGUGUGAUUUCUGCACCGGAAGGAAACGUAAAGCCAUCAAGUCCUGUGUGAUGUGUCUGACCUCUUUUUGUGAAACUCAUCUGAAACCUCAUCUUGAACUCCCUGCUUUGAAAAAGCACACAUUAAUUGAAGCCUCCUCAAAACUCCAAGAGAAGAUCUGCUCUCAACAUGAUGAAGUGCUCAGGAUCUACUGUCGUACUGACCAAAGGUGUAUUUGUUCUUUGUGCAUGUUGGAUAAUCACAAAGGACACGACGCUGUAUCAGUUUCAGCAGCGAGAACUGAGAAACAGAGCAAGUUAAAGGAGGAGCUGAUGAAAUCCCUGCAGAGAAUCCAGGAGAAGCAGAAGAAGGUGCAGGAGCUGAAACAAACUGUGAACACGAUUAUGUUCCGUGCUCAGACAGCAGUGGAGGACAGUGAGAUUAUCUUUACUGAGAUGAUCAGCUCCAUGGAGAAAAAGCGCUCGGAGAUGACGAAGCUGAUCAGAGCUCAGGAGAAGGCUGAACUGAGUCGAGCUGAUCGACUCCUGGAGCAACUGGAGCAGGAGAUCACUGAUCUUCAGAGGAGAGUCACUGAGCUGGAGCAGCUUUCACACACACACGAUCACAUCCACUUCCUCCAGGUUUUAGCUUCUGGAUGUCAGUCUCCUCCAUUAGACAGACCAGAGUUUCACACAUCCAGCAUCACUGUCCAUCAACAUCUCUCAUUUGAUGGAGUGAGGAAUUCUCUCUCAGAUCUGAAGAAGAGACUCGAGGAAUUCUGUGAGGAGGAAUUCAACAACAUCCCUCCACAUGCUGCAGCAGUUCAGAUCAUUUCACCAUCAGAGCCACAGAGCAGAGAAGAUUUUCUGAAAUAUUUCUGUUAUCUGACUCUGGAUCCCAACACGGCACAUCGUAACCUCAUUCUGUCUGAGAAGAACAGAGCGGUGACAGCCAGUGAGAGAGAACAGCUGUACUCUGAUCAUCCAGAGAAAUUUGACACCUGGUGGCAGGUGUUGUGUAAGGAGAGUGUGUGUGGACGCUGUUACUGGGAGGUGGAGUGGAUCGGUGCUGGUGUGUACAUCUCAGUCUCAUAUAAAGACAUCAGGAGGAAAGGAGAGGGUAGUGAAUGUGGGUUUGGAUGCAACAGUCAGUCCUGGAGUCUGUGGUGUUCUUCUUCUUCUUCUUCUUCUCUCUCUUUCUAUCACAACGACAUUGAGACUAAGCUCAGAGAUCCAUCAUCCUCCAGAAUAGGAGUGUAUGUGGAUCACAGUGCAGGAAGCCUGUCUUUCUACAGCAUCUCUUACACGAUGACGCUCCUACACAGAGUCCACACCACAUUCAAUCAGCCUCUAUAUGCUGGGUUUAGGCCCUACUGGUGUUUUGGUUCUACAUCUGUGAGAUUGUGUGAUCCAAAAUAAAGUGUGUAGUGUUUUAUGUAAAAUUCCUGCACAUUGCCAUAUUGUUGCUCAGUCAUCUGUCUUACUAGCACACAAUCCAGCUGCACAAAAACAAUCAUUUUAAUGUAUUAAUUAAAACAGAUUUUUCAAAAUAAUUAAAAAGGUAAUGUUAAAAAUUAACUGUCAGACAAGAAACUAGUAAAAUUGAAAAAGAAAAUGAUCAAAUGAUAUCAUUAUAAAGUUCUGUUUGAUUCAUAUUAAGCAACCUCUCAAUAAAUAACUAAUAAACAGUAAUAAAGCCAGUACUGAACAACCUUUUAAACCUGUUAAGAUCACACUAUAUAAAGAUAAAAUAUAAACUGUUGAAGGAAUUUUAUUUUUCUGGUUGUAUUCUAAGAUGUAAAAUACACAUUCACUCUGUAAAAUCUGAAGUUGUUUCUAUAACCCUGAAAUUUUAAUGUAAAUCAUUUAACACUAUUUAAAAUCCAUUAGAACAUACAGUACAUGAUUGGUUAAGGCUGCCUAUGUUGUGUUCAUCCCAUAUGCAGCCUGAAUGAUGAUUGGCCGGCAGACAGAACCUUAUAAAUGGAAGUUUAUCUGUGGGUUUGUGUAGGGAUUUAGCAAAUUCAAUCCCUCUUCCCUCUGUCAGCCUUUUCAGCUUUUGCUUCAUUUACUCAAAAGAAAAACUAGCGCAUGUGGGUUAUCAUGGAGCGUAUACGGUGCCGGGGAGUCUAAAUGAACACACUGGCAACCUGAGCAGUUCAAAGAGACGUCCGAUUUAUUCACAGAAUAACAGAGGCUUUUAUAGGUACAAAUAGCCACGCAUAGGCAUACUGCUGUGUGGAAAUAAUAUGGCAUUUGAACUGUCUGGCCACAUACUUGAAAAACAUCUUAGGCAAUACAAGAAUGUACAGCAGUUGUUGAACAUAUAUGGUGUGGUUCGCUUAACACAGCAAAGAGGAAGUUCCAGUGGUGACAUGUUAAACUGGCACGUACACAUCAGACAGGUUCUGUAAAGCUCAUGAGACAGAAAUUAAACUAUAACCUAACCAUACUUAUACAUAUCUGAGGGAGUAGAAAAUAGAGAGUUUCCAACAGUUUAAAUUUGUAUAAUAUUACAAUCAAAGCUCAAAAAUCAAAAGUUUUUUUUUUCCAAGCCAAAUCACUUCUUAUGUAGAUUUUUAGAUAAUUAAUAUAUGAGAAAUAACUACAGAGUCUUAAAUGUGGUGUUUGUUACAUAUAUUUUAAUGUUCUAAUAUAUAUUGUCUGUGUGGAUAAUGAUGAUAAAUACGUCUCUGUUAACUGUGUCUGUCUGUGGUCUGACUCCUGAUUUGGAUUCUGAACAUGAUUGUUCAUUUUCAAUAAAAUAAUAACACAAAUCCAUUACUACUCUAAUAUAUCGUAUCUAAUAUUCUGCGCCAUGUGCUGGGAGGCGCCUGGUAUAUAUACAAACAUAAUCAGCAUCCUAAUAGCUGACAGCUGAGGGUAAUUCAAACCCACAUGAAACAAUAGCCAAUGACAGAACAGGGAGGAGACAUAACAGAAACAUAACAAAUGCAGGUGUCGAAAUUGUCAACAACGGACAAGCAGGUGGUGUGGAGGUGUGGCGCUGAGACCCCCUCCUGAACCUCAGGCUGGAUCUCUGGUGCUAGGGCCUCCCUGUUGACCUCUAGCUGGAGCUCGGCAGGUGAGCCCACCUCGUGGGUCUCAGGUUCGAGCUCUGAGGUCACCAGGUUUACCGCCGGCUGGAGCUCUGAGGUCGCCAGGUUAACCUCAGGCUGGAGCUCUGCAUGAGUUUGCCUGUAGUAGUGGGUAAACGGCAGGGCAGGUUUGCCUGCCA